CUGCAGCUGCACCUAGAGGCGCCCGGCCAAAAAAGAAAGAACCCCCGGGACGCCGCCCCGGGCGCGCCACGGAGCGCCGCCGCGGCCGCCGCGCCCCACUGCUCCGAACAAAACACCAGAACACCAUGUCCGCGUCGCUCGUCGCCCACCGCUACCGGACGCACAAGCGCCUAGGAGCCGGUUCCUUUGGGGAGAUUUUUGUUGGAUCCGACGUCAACACGGGAUUGCGAGUCGCCAUGAAGUUCGAGAAGCACGGCCUGCGGUGUCCCCAGUUAAGGCACGAGUAUAAGGUGUAUCGAGAACUGCAAGGGUGUAGAGGUGUCUGCAAGGUCCAAUAUUAUGGGACCCACAACAACUUCAACGUCAUGGUCCUGGACUUGCUGGGACCGUCUCUCGAAGAAUUGUUCACGAAGUGCGGGAGACGGUUCUCGCUAAAAACAACAUUGAAAUUGGCGGACCAGAUGUUGGAGCGGUGCGAAGCGUUGCACGGUAGACAUCUCAUACAUAGGGACGUGAAGCCGGCGAACUUCACGAUGGGCGACGCUUCUUCCUCGCCGCUAGUUUAUUGCAUCGACUUCGGCCUGUCCAAAAGAUUUAGGAACCCGCAUACCCUUCAACACAUUCCCCAUCGAGUGGGGAAAAGUCUCACUGGAACACCUAGAUACGCCUCCAUUUCCAAUCAUUUGGGCAUCGAACAGAGUCGUCGAGAUGAUUUGGAGGCGGUUGGCUAUGUACUCGUAUACUUCGCGAAAGGUAGGUUGCCCUGGCAAGGUCUGAAAGCCAAGUCGGCCCACAAGAAGUACAAGCUCAUCCUAGAUAAAAAGCAGGAAAUUAGCAUUGCGCAACUGUGCCACGGCUGCCCGGCGCAGUUCGCGGAGUACCUGUCGUACUGUAGAAGCUUGAAAUUUGACGCGUCGCCGAACGUGGCUUAUCUGCGGAGACUCUUCCGCGACCUCUACUCGACGAGCGGCCACGACGUCGCGCAGAUCGCGGCGAACGACUGGGACUGGAUGGCGAAUGCCGACGUCCGCGUCGACGCCACUACCGCGCAAGCGUAUGGCGCUAGACCAGAUACGGCGCAAGCGAGACGGGCCACGUCCGCUCGGCCCGGAGCAAGACCCGCACGCCCGCAGUCGGCGUCGGCCCAACGGCCGGCAAACGAGGAGCAGUUCUACGCGCCGCCUGGGCGCAGCGCGUCGCGGGGCUACGACUACGGCGGCGACCGUUAUGCUUCUCGUAGACCGCGCACGGCGACGGCGCGGGUCGGCGAGACGGACCCCGAGCGGCGUUGGGCCGCGCGCGGCUCGCGCGAGGCGCCCGCGCAACCGGCGCGGCGCGAGCGGCCCCAGUCUGCCGCGGCAGCGCCGUCCUACCAACAAAGACCGUCGGCGUCGUCGCGCUCGGGUGGUCGGGGCGGCGACGACGGCGCGCACGUCGUCGCCGGCGCGCGGUCCAUGAUGGGCCUCGCGCGCGCGCGGUCCGCGCGGUCCGCGGGCGGCGGCGCGCGGCCGCGGACGUCUUCGCGCGGAUAG